AUGGAGGGUGGAAAUUUUGACAGACCGGGGAAGAAUCGAAACUCUUCGCCCGGACCACUGUCUAUUAUUCGACUCUCAUCUUCUCCUCUAGACAGAACUCCAUCGCCUACGCUUCCAGAGCAAGAGAAUAGCAGAAACAAAAGAAGUCGACAACGAUGCAAUUUGCUGGUAAUUCUGGUGGUUUCUCUUCUUUGUCUCGUCCUUGGAGCUGCUCUAUUAUUAUGUUACACUCGACUUGUACGUUCGGCAUACAAGGAGGGGAUCUACUCUGGAUGGAAUGCCGCAAUUUAUCGUAACCAUGGACUGCUGCAGGGACUAGAAGAAAACAUUGAGAUCAAUCCCACACACGUACGAGUUAUUCAAAAAUUUGAAAAUGAAGACAAACGCUUGAUUGGCACGGUAGGGAAUCAAACAAGCACCAUGCCCAUGAUGACUGAUAUCACUACUACUAUGCUAUUUCCUACAUUGCUAUUAGCAUUUAUUACCGUAGUUUUUAUUCUUUUUUCCUAUUUUUAUUACUACUUCCAUUUUCUCCUUAGUUCUUCGGAUAUAUGGCCUGAAAAAUAUGGUUCAACUCGGACACUGCUGCCGAGAGUGAAACGCUUCAUCACUACACAAUCACUCUUCGAAAUGAAACUCCCCACAGAGAUCCUGAUUGUGGCAAAUUAUGAAGGUGAAGUACGUUUUCGGUAG